GCCAGGCCGAGCCCUUGGAUCCCGGGGGGAGGGGCAGGAUUCCCUGGAAUACCAUGCGGGACCGGACCUAUGAGCUGAGGCAGGGGGGGGACAGCUCCGACGAGGAGGGGAACGAGCGGGUGGCUCUGGUCAUUCAGCCGGGGACGGCCACCUUGGGAAACCCCGACGAGGCUUUCUUCCAGAAGGUCCACGAAGUCCGACAGACCAUGGGCAAACUGGAGAACAAAGUCAAGGAGCUAGAGAAGCAGCAAAUUACCAUCCUGGCCACACCCCUUCCUGAGGAUAGCAUGAAACAAGGCCUUCAGAACCUUCGGGAAGAGAUCAAACAGCUGGGGAAGGAGAUCCGGACCCAGCUCAAGGCUAUUGAACCCCCUAAGGAGGAAGAAGAUGAGAACCAAAACUCAGUUAACAUCAGGAUGAGGAGAACACAGCACGGGAUCCUGUCCAAGCAGUUUGUAGAGCUCAUCAACAAGUGUAACGUGACACAGUCAGAAUAUCGGGAAAAGAAUGUCGAGCGGAUCCAGAGACAGCUAAAGAUCACCAACGCUGGAAUGGUAUCCGAGGAAGAAAUGGAGCAGAUGCUGGAGACUGGACAGAGCGAGGUGUUUGUGUCCAAUAUCCUGAAGGACACGCAGGUGACUCGACAGGCGCUGAACGAGAUCUCGGCCCGACACGGGGAGAUCCAGCAGUUGGAACGCAGCAUCCGGGAGCUUCAUGAAAUUUUCACCUUCCUGGCAACCGAAGUUGAGAUGCAGGGGGAGAUGAUUGAUAGGAUUGAGAAAAACAUCCUGACCUCAGCUGACUACGUGGUGCGUGGCCAGGAACACGUCGCUUCUGCGCUGGAGAAUCAGAAAAAAGCCAGGAAGAAGAAGGUCAUGCUCGCCAUCUGUGUCUCCAUCACCGUCCUCAUCCUUGCCCUGAUCAUCGGCAUUGCCAUAGCAACCGGAUAGCACCUUCCUCCGCCCACAGAUACGGGGGAGCCCAGGCCUCUUCCCCGAGCAGCUGGGGAAGGAGGCCGGAACCGCACUGCCUCCUCGCUGUCCGCUACCCGUAGAACAGGCUGGGGAUUGGGACAGGUGAUUGUCUUUGGGGCGGGGCGGGGGGAGUGGGUGGAAGCUCGAGCCUUCGGGGCUCCAAGACCUUUCGGUUCGGUGCCCCCGGCCCGCCCUCCGGGACCCAGGCAGCCCGUACUCCCAGACGUCACGCUCGUCGCAGCACUCGCGUGUCCCGACUCCCAGGUUGCCCCACUCGAAACUCAAGCCGGGUUGUGGGUGCGGGUUUAAGGGCCUGGGGGGCUCUGGGGCCUCGGGGUAAAGCUGAGGUUGGCGGGCUGGGGCGGCGGGAGGGGGACAGAUCCCAUCUCUUCUGAGCGUCCCUCUGGGCCGUGUCUUCGGACAGAGACCACCCGCUCUGCCCUCUCCAAAAGCGACUCGCAGUUUUGUAAGAAAUAAAAAAAACAACAACCGAGCUUGGAAA